AUUUGUCAAUGAAUAAUAAUAAUUUUAUUUUAUUCGUUUUUCCUCGUUAAAAUAAUUAUUAUCAAUUACGGAUAAACUUUAUAACUGAAACAACCAAUACAUUCACUACAUAUUAAGAUGAAUCCCCCUGGUGAUGUUGGUGAUGGAAUCCAAAAGUCAGAUGCUCCCAUUUUACCCCCAAAUCAUCGUUUUAUGGAGCCCGAGAAAGUUGUUAAAUCUGUAACUGAUAUGGCAAUUUGGGAGAAGUCCGAGGCUUACAUGGAAUACACUGGUUUCAUUUCUACUUUAAAUGAGGCAGUGAAGGGGAAGCCAAAUUCGGUAGACUGCAAAGUAUCAGAAAGCGUGAAGAAUAUUGUUGGAAUGUUGGAGAAAAUCAAUAAUUUGAUUGAUGAAUGUCCGCCUAUAGCUCAACCACAGAGGUUCGGUAAUGCUGCCUUCAAGGAUUGGCUCAAUAAAGUAAAGAAUAACUCUAGUCAGUACCUUCAGAAAGCUUUGGAUCCAAAAAUACAUUCAGCUGUACCUGAGAUUAAAAUAUACCUGGAGGAGAGUUUUGGUAAUUCCACUAGAAUUGACUAUGGCACGGGCCAUGAAAUGUCAUUUGUUAUGUUCCUGUGCUGUCUCUACAAAAUAGGUUGCCUCAAGGACGAGGACAAUGUAGCGACUGUAACUUUAAUUUUCAAUAAAUAUCUAGAAAUUUCUAGAAGACUGCAGCAGACCUACAGAAUGGAGCCGGCAGGUAGUCAUGGAGUCUGGAGCUUGGACGACUACCAGUUUGUGCCAUUCAUCUGGGGCAGCUCGCAGCUGGUCGACCAGCCCCGGAUAUACCCACCUGUGAAGUUUCUAGAAGAUGAAAUUGUAGAUAAGUAUGCAGAGGAGUACAUGUUUCUGUCCUGCAUCAAAUACAUCAAGGAAGUUAAGAAAGGUCCAUUUGCGGAACAUUCUAACCAACUCUGGAGUAUCAGCGCAGUGGGUUCUUGGUCAAAAAUUAACCAGGGAUUGAUUAAAAUGUACAAAAAGGAAGUUUUGGCUAAAUUUCCGGUUAUCCAACAUGUCUUUUUUGGAUCCCUCCUGCCAAUUCGUAGAUUUUCGAUACAAAAGUAAAGUCUGAAUAACUUUUUAGUACUUUAAAAUGUCUAGAUACUAACAAACUUUUGAUAAUAUAGCAGUAGAUAUUACCUUAACCUCCUAUUUAUUUUACUCAGUAUUAUUAUGAAUGUCAACAAUUUACUGGUGUGUAAAUAAAAUGUGAUAUUAAUUAAAAGUGGCUUUAAAAUAUUGUAGCAUAAGAUUUUAUGCAACAAAUUUU